GAAAAGUCGUUCUAAUCCUUUCCGAAUUGAAAGAAAAUAUCUCCACGAGACCUACUUCGGUUCUCGAAGAUUCUGGAUUAUUAAGCGAUGCCUCUUUUGCAAACGAUAAAAAUUUCCUAUUGGAUAUUGUAUGGCGUAUUUUUCACAAACUAUGGAUACAGCCGAUCAAAUAUAUGCCCAAUACAGCCAUGUUCAGUUAAACAAUACAGCUUUUCCAAAGAGAGAAACAGUCUGGAAAAUUACGCCCUCCAUGGCCACAUUUUCAAGAACCUAACAGUGCAGAGCCACAAGAACUGUUUCGAGAACUGUGUGUGGGACUGUCGAUGUAAGUCGUUCAACUUCGUAACGAGAAUAAAGCAGGAAAACUGUCAAUUGAAUGAACAAGACAGAUAUCUGGAGCCUGGGGCAUUGAAGAGAACCAUUGGAUUCAGCUAUCAUGAAAUAGGAAUUGAGUUUAACAUUGAGUCAAGAACCAAGUGUCUACAAUGUCACAAUGGAUGUUGUCGUGGAAAUCUUUAUUGUCUCAACGAUGGGACCUGCCAAGAAACCUGUGACAGAAGAAGAUUCAGAUGUGCGUGCAAGCCAGGUUAUACAGGAUCGUACUGCCAUAAAAGAAUGCAAGUUUCAGUUUCUAAGAGCUGCGCAGAAAUAAAGAAGAGAGGUGGUUCAUCAGAUGGUGUUUACGCGAUUGAUCCAGAUGGUAAAGGGGGCUUUCAAAUAUAUUGUAAUCAGAUUAACUCCGCAGGAGAACCCUGGACUGUCAUUCAGAGGAGAAUGGACGGCUCGGUUGAUUUUUACCGCGGUUGGACAGACUACAAGAAGGGGUUUGGUAAUCUGCAGCGAGAAUUCUGGCUUGGACUUGAAAAGAUACACAGACUGACCGAUCAGAGACAGCAAAAGUUGAGAGUGGAGAUAAGAGAUUUCAAGAGGUAUUGGUGCUGGGCUGAAUACGAAAACUUUACUGUGAGCGGGGAAGAUGAUGGAUUUCGUCUGCAAAGUGUAGGAUCUUACACCGGUUCAUGCAUAGAUUCGUUUUCAUACAAUGUCGGCGCUCGCUUCUCUACUAAAGAUAAAGAUGAAGAUAAUAAUGCAUCAAGCCAUUGUGCUGUGGACCAUCAGGGCGGCUGGUGGUACAAAGCGUGCACACAGUGUAAUCUGAACGGGAAUUACAACCUUACUGGUCUGGCAAUUACAGGAAUAUACUGGUACCAGAACAACAAAACGCCAGCUCGUCUUAAAUGGGUCGAAAUCAAAUUACAACCCUUAGGAUAAAUCUGUGUAUUUGUGCGUCAACAAAAGUUUAUCGGCCGAGUUCUCGUCGAACGGUACGAUUCUAUCCUUAGCUGAGUACGGAGCAAGGGAGAAAAUUCAGGGCCCUGAUAGAAGAUCUCCUUUUGUAGUUGCAUGCCUAACAAACUAUCGAUCAACACAAAGAGUCUGUCUUGAUUGACUCAACUGAGUAGGUCCAAUGGAAACUUUUGCUGUAGAUGAAACUUAUGCAAUUGUAGAAGAUUCUAGCGAAAUACUGUAGCAAUGAGGAAAGGAUUAAAAGUUUUUUCAAAAACCAAAUUGGUGAAAUAAAACAAUUUCAGGAUGAACAAUAUUCGUCACUUUGACUUUUUACUGUUCAAAAUAAAUCUAAAAAGAUUUCUAUAUAACAACUAGUAAGAGAACUUCAGCUAUUAUUCCUUUCUGAGCACCAAAUAGGAUACGAAAAAUUUUCCUUUCAUAUUCAAUAAACAUUUAUCGAAGUGGAGGUGGCUAAUGUCCGAUUUUAGA